GGUUAGUAAAAUACAGUCUUCCUGUUGGGAAUGCGAGGUCUCUCUCUUGCGGUUGGGGUCUACGUUUGUAGUAGCGCGUGAGAGCGCCCCCUUUUGGCUUCUGCACUCCAUUUUAAAUGAAGUUUCCUGUAUUCAGUUUCCCACAGGCAUAGCCGGACCCAGGUGGGCAGAGAUACAGCUGCCUUUCUCUGGGUGAGCAGCACUUCAGGAGGGCUGCUUGGAGGCAAAAGAGACUCCUGGAAGCUCUUGACUUCUGCCCUCCUAGCUCUGCAACUCUAACGAAUCCCUCUUCCCUAAUGGCACUAUUGGAAGUCCCAGAGAGGCCCCUCACUGACCUGUGUUGGGUCAUGUCGCAUCUCUGAGCCAUUCGUGGUGGCCAGCAUUGUUCAUUGGCCAAGGAGAGGGGCGGGGUUAUCUCUGCAGAAAAAAUGGGAGAUCGUUACCUGAAGUCAGAGUCCGCGUCCUGCCCAGUAACCAAAUGUUUUUAAAACCCCUAAGGGGAGGAACCUGGCUUCCCCCAACCCUACUCCAUCCAGCCACUCAGGGGCCAUGGAGGUGGCAGAGCCCAGCAGCCCCACUGAGGAAGAGGAGGAAGAGGAGGAGGAAGAGGAAGAGGAAGAGUCUGCAGAGCCCAGGCCCCGCACACGCUCCAAUCCUGAGGGGGCUGAGGACCGGGCACUGGGGGCCCAGGCCAGUGUGGGCAGCCGCAGCGAGGGUGAGGGUGAGGCGGCCAGUGCUGACGAUGGGACUCCCAAUCCUCCCGGAGCUGGCCCCAAGCCCUGGCAGGUGCCCCCGACAGCCCCCGAAGUCCAGGUGCGGACGCCAAGGGUCAACUGUCCAGAGAAGGUGAUCAUCUGCCUGGACCUGUCAGAGGAAAUGUCGCUGUCAAAGCUGGAGUCCUUCAAUGGCUCCAAAACCAACGCCCUCAACGUCUCCCAGAAGAUGAUUGAGAUGUUUGUGCGGACAAAACACAAGAUCGACAAGAGUCACGAAUUCGCACUGGUGGUGGUGAAUGAUGACAUCGCCUGGCUGUCCGGCCUGACCUCUGAUCCCCGCGAACUCUGCAGUUGCCUCUACGACCUAGAGACGGCUUCCUGCUCCACCUUUGAUCUGGAAGGUCUCUUCAGCCUCAUCCAGCAGAAGACUGAGCUGCCAGUCACGGAGAAUGUGCAGACAAUUCCGCCCCCAUACGUGGUCCGCACCAUCCUUGUCUAUAGCCGUCCGCCCUGCCAGCCCCAGUUCUCCCUGACGGAGCCCAUGAAGAAAAUGUUCCAGUGCCCGUAUUUCUUCUUCGAUGUUGUUUACAUCCACAAUGGCGCUGACGAGAAAGAGGAGGAAAUGAGCUGGAAGGACAUGUUUGCCUUCAUGGGCAGCCUGGAUACCAAGGGGACCAGCUACAAGUAUGAGGUGGCGCUGGCUGGGCCAGCCCUUGAGCUGCACAACUGUAUGGCUAAGCUGCUGGCUCACCCACUGCAGCGGCCCUGCCAGAGUCACGCCUCCUACAGCCUGCUGGAGGAGGACGAUGAAGCCACUGAGGUUGAAGCCACUGUCUGAACCAUCCCCGUGCCUCUCAGCCUUCCUGUGCAGCGAAACCCUUGGCUUGGAGAAUGGUUCUCAAACCAGGCUCUGUGGCACCCUGAUGGGGAAGGUUCCAGGAGGCUCCCGGGGGCACCUGGGGGCCCUGGCAAGAAACUCAAGAGUCCAGGAAGCAUCCCAGGGACCCUGGGCACCCAUUCCCGGUGUUUUCCAGCCCACAUCCCGUCGCCAGUUUGUGAACUGUAAUUUUUGUUCUUCUUUGUGUGUUUUGAUCAUCAAAGUAAAAAUCUGAGAAUCCCUAA